AUGGAGCAGUCGUUUGCUUGCUCGUCCGCGGAGGUGCUGCGGCAUUUCCAGGUCACCGAGGAAGCAGGGCUGUCGCAGGACCAGGUCCUGCAGGCGAGACAAAAGUACGGGCCAAAUGCUCUUGCGGAAGAGGAGUCCACGCCGCUAUGGAAGCUCGUGCUCGAGCAAUUCCAGGACCAAUUGGUCUUGAUCCUCCUUGCGUCUGCCGCAGUAUCUUUUGUGCUGGCGCUGUUUGAGGGCGCUGAUGACUGGACUGCCUUUGUCGACCCGAUAGUGAUCUUGACCAUCCUGAUCCUCAAUGCCAUCGUCGGCGUGUCCCAGGAAAGCAGGGCGGAGAAGGCAAUCGCCGCCCUCCAGGAAUAUUCGGCCAACGAGGCCAAGGUGAUUCGCAACGGUACGCUACAACGAAUCAAGGCGGAGGAACUGGUUCCGGGUGAUAUCAUCAGUGUGGCCGUGGGUGAUCGCGUUCCGGCGGACUGCAGACUGCUCUCCAUCCAGAGCAACAGCUUCCGUGUCGACCAGGCCAUCUUGACCGGCGAGAGUGAAAGCGUGAGCAAGGACACCCGGGUUGUCAAAGACCGCCAGGCCGUCAAGCAGGACCAGACCAACAUGCUCUUCUCGGGAACCACCGUCGUGGCCGGUCACGCUACGGCCAUUGUCGUCCUGACUGGUGCCUCGACCGCGAUCGGAGGGAUCCAUGAGAGCAUUACGUCCCAGAUUUCGGAGCCCACGCCUCUCAAGCAGAAACUGAAUGAUUUCGGUGACAUGCUCGCCAAGGUGAUCACGGUUAUUUGCGUCCUCGUCUGGCUGAUCAACAUCGAACACUUCAACGAUCCGGCUCAUGGCGGGUGGGUAAAAGGCGCCGUCUACUAUCUCAAGAUCGCCGUGUCUCUGGGUGUGGCCGCCAUCCCCGAAGGCCUGGCCGUCGUCAUCACCACUUGCUUGGCCCUUGGAACCCGCAAGAUGGCGGCAAAAAACGCCGUCGUCCGGUCUCUGCCCUCCGUCGAAACCCUUGGAAGCUGCAGCGUCAUCUGUUCUGAUAAGACAGGAACUCUGACCACCAAUCAAAUGAGCGUGGAAAAGAUUGUCUAUCUGGACAGCUCCGGACACGGGCUGGAGGAAAUCGACGUUGAGGGCACCACCUUCGCUCCGGAGGGCCGGUUGAAGCAGAAGGGCAAAGUCUUGGAGAACCUUGCCUUUUCGUCCUCAACUGUCAGGCAGAUGACUGAAGUCCUCGCCCUUUGCAAUGAAGCGACCUUGUCCUACGAUGCAAAGACCGGAUCUUACUCAUGUAUCGGUGAGCCUACGGAAGGCGCCUUACGGGUCCUCGUGGAGAAGAUUGGAACGGAAGAUCCUGCUCUCAACCAGCGUCUGAGAAGCCUUCACCCGUCAGAAAGGCUCCAUGCGGCCAGCAAGCACUACGAAUCCCGCCUGCCGUUGAAGGCGACGUAUGAAUUCUCGCGGGACCGGAAAAGCAUGUCGGUCCUGGUCGGUGAGGGGAAGGAACAAAAGCUUCUCGUCAAAGGCGCCCCGGAGUCGAUUCUGGAGCGCUGCUCACAUGUGCUCCUGGGUUCGGAUGGACCACGCGUGCCUCUGACUAAAACCCAUAUCGACUUGAUCUCCGAAGAGGUGGUCGAAUACGGCAACCGAGGCCUUCGUGUGAUCGCGGUCGCCAGCGUCAACGACAUCGCGGCCAACCCUCUGCUGCGCACGGCCCAGACGUCGGAGGAGUACGCCCAGCUCGAACGGGGCAUGACUCUGAUCGGCCUCGUCGGGAUGCUCGACCCUCCUCGCCCGGAAGUUGCCGGUUCUAUUCGCAAAUGCCGCGAAGCCGGCAUUCGGGUGAUUGUCAUCACGGGAGACAACCGCAACACCGCCGAGUCCAUCUGUCGGCAGAUCGGGGUCUUUGGUCCGGAUGAGGAUCUUCAGGGCAAGAGUUUCACCGGUCGAGAGUUUGACAGUCUGACGGAGAGCGAGCAGCUCGAGGCGGUCAAGACCGCGUCCCUGUUCUCUCGAACGGAGCCGGCACACAAGUCGAGGCUGGUUGACCUGCUUCAGUCGGUGGGCCAUGUUGUUGCCAUGACUGGGGAUGGAGUCAACGACGCCCCGGCCCUGAAGAAAGCGGACAUUGGUGUGGCCAUGGGGACUGGAACCGAUGUGGCCAAGCUUGCGGCGGAUAUGGUGCUCGCCGACGACAACUUUGCUACGAUCGAGUCCGCCGUCGAAGAAGGCCGGUCGAUCUACAGCAACACGCAGCAGUUCAUUCGGUACCUGAUCUCUUCGAACAUUGGUGAAGUGGUGUCGAUUUUCUUGACGGCGGCCUUGGGACUGCCCGAAGCGUUAAUUCCCGUGCAGCUACUCUGGGUGAACCUCGUUACAGAUGGCUUGCCGGCUACGGCACUGUCCUUCAACCCUCCUGACCAUGACGUGAUGCGGCGGCCUCCGCGGAAACGCGACGAGGCCCUGGUGGGGAGCUGGCUCUUUUUCCGGUACUUGGUCAUUGGGACGUAUGUUGGGUUGGCAACGGUUUUUGGAUAUGCGUGGUGGUUCCUGUUCAACCCGGAGGGUCCUCAAAUUUCAUACUGGCAGCUGUCUCACUUCCACAAGUGCUCUACGGAGUUUCCUGAAAUCGGAUGCGAGAUGUUCACCAACGAGAUGUCCAAAUCGGCCUCGACGGUGUCUCUGUCCAUUCUUGUGGUGAUUGAGAUGUUCAAUGCGAUGAACGCGCUCUCGUCGAGCGAGUCACUGCUGAGCUUCCCGUUGUGGAACAACGUGAUGCUCGUGUAUGCGAUUAUUUUGUCGAUGACGCUGCAUUUCGCCAUCCUGUACAUCCCGUUCUUGCAGGGAUUGUUUUCGAUUCUGCCGUUGAAUUGGAACGAAUGGCGGGCAGUCCUAGCGAUCAGCACGCCAGUCAUUUUCAUCGACGAAGCUCUGAAAUAUAUAGAACGGCGUCUCUACGAGAAACGUGCGGCACCUUCCCAGCAGCUAGAUGGCAAAGCCAAAAAGGCAUGA